ACAUGUAUAUCAGAAUCUAACCUUCAGAAAACAGUGUGUGAAACUCCUGAGAAAGUGUUUGAGGAAAAAUGGGAAGGAAGAAAGGGUAUGUCGAAUUCGAAGAAUCUCCACCGGAUGAUUUUGAUCCGGCGAACCCUUACAAGGAUCCGGUGGCUAUGUUAGAAAUGAGGGAACACAUUGUUAGGGAAAAAUGGAUCCAAAUUGAGAAAGCUAAAAUCAUUAGGGAGAAACUUCGUUGGUGUUAUCGAAUUGAAGGUAUCAAUCAUCUUCAGAAAUGUCGUCACCUUGUUAAACAGUAUCUUGAAUCAACACGUGGUAUUGGUUGGGGCAAGGAUGGUCGUCACCCUUCUCUCCAUGGACCAAAAGUUGAGCCAGUUGAAUCCGAAUGAUUUCCCCGUGGAUAAAUAAAAGGGAAGUUUUACUACUCAGAUGAUUACAUUGCCAAAAUGAGAUUGUAGGUGGAGGAAUGAAUACCUAUGAUCCAGCUGUUGUGUUUUGUUCAUUUUUUCCUUAGUCAAACUUCAAAUGAACUAUUACAACUCUACUUGCCUUGGCUUAUAAGGCUUUUAUUGCUUGUUAUUAGCAUUUUAAAUGUAAACAAGUAUGAGCAGAAGAAGUACAUCAGAUUGUGAAAAUAAGUUUCUCUUUGUUUCUUGUUAUUAUGAUGAUGUGUGCUUCUUCAAUAAUACAAUUGAAUGUGUCCUAGCUGCUUGAGUUUUGAAACUUCAAAGCCAUACUCCAUUUGUUAAUUUUGAAACCUCAUAUCAAAUGCAUUUGCAGUUCUGA